AUGAGUGAUUUGAGUAUUCAGAAGAAGCUGGAGUAUGAGGAGGAUGACUCUAAUAGUUUGAAUGAGUUUAAGGUAUCAGAUCGUGAAGCAGAUGCUACGCUUUCCUUUAUGGAGGAGAAUAAGGAGUUGUUCCAUAAUAUAGAGUUUACGGAAGAAGAGUCUACUUCUCUUGACAGAAAGCUUAAAUAUAUUUUAUUUCCUUUGAUCUUUACAAUCAAUACAAUCUUGUUUAUUGAUAAGGCUACAUUGUCUUACGCUUCAAUUUUGGGUCUUUUUACUUCAACAAAUAUUAACUCGAAACAAUAUGAUGACUUGAAUUCUAUUUUUUACGCAGGCUACACCGUGGGUCAGCUUUUAAACUAUGUUUUACAGAAAACUAGUUUGAAGUGGUUCAUGACUGGAACUCUCUUUACCUGGUCAGUCAUCGUAUUCGCUCACUGUGGUGCCGAUAACUUUGGAGGAUUGGUGAUCUUAAGACUCCUUCUUGGUAUAACUGAAAGUAUUAUAACACCAGCGUUGGAAAUCACGAUGCUUCAGUUCUUUACUCCUCAACAAAGAGCUACAUUGCAGCCAGUUUUCUGGUGUAGUUGUGUUGGAACAUCUGUGAUUAUUGCAGGUUUCAUUGCUUACGGUGUAUUGCACACAAAUGUUAUACCACCGUGGAAGAUAUUCAUGAUUAUCACUGGUGGACUCACUUUAAUAAUUACCGCAAUUUCAGCUUAUUUAUAUCCUGCCGACCCUUCGAAAGCAAAUUUUUUAACUAAAAAGGAGAGAUACUACUUGAUAAAAAGGAUUCAAAACUCCUCAAGAGCAUCCAUAACACAGCAUGUUGUGAAAAAGGAACAGUUAAUAGAGUGUAUCAAGGAUCCAAUUUCGUGGCUCUUCACACUUUUCAGUUUCCUUUUAAUGCUUGCGAAUAACUUGAAUUAUCAACAGAACUUGCUUUAUGUUUCGUUAGGAGUUGAUGAGUUAGGUUCUACCUUAGUUAGUGUUGCUGGUGGUGGGUUUUCUGCUGCAUUUCAUAUAGCAGGUGCUAUUUUCAUUCAUUACUUCCCUAAUAAGUCGGCUUGGGUGAUUCUAGGUGCAUGUAUUCCUUCAAUAGCUAGUGGUAUAGCUAUGCUUACAAUUCCUUGGGACAAAAAGAUUUCUUUGCUUGCUAUGCUAGUUUUGGGUGCUAACACGUAUGGUUUGGCGUAUAUUGUAGCACUUGGAUGGUCAACAUCUUCUGCAAGUGGAACAACAAAGAGAUUCUUUAGACAUUUUAUGUUUAUGUUCGCUUAUGGUGUAUCAAAUAUCAUAUCUCCUCAGUUAUGGACUGGGAAGCAAAGCAAUGCGUCCCAACCUCGUUAUCAUGCCGCGUGGAUUGUUCAAAUAGUUUUGGCAUGGACAGGAAGUUCAGUGGUGGCUUUUGUCAUAUCAUUCAUCCUUCAGAAAAGAAACAAAGAAAGAUUGCAGUUAAUUUCUUCUAACGAAAAGAGUGACGUUGGAAUUGUGGUUAAACAUGAUUCAGAGAACAAUGAAGAAAUCUAUGAACAAGUUAAUAUAGCAAACCUUGAUUUAACAGAUUUAGAAAACAAAACUUUUAUCUAUCCUCUUUAA